AUGGCUUCACUGAAAGAAUCCCUGGCUGGUCCCGGUUUCGUGAUCCUCAAUGCCAUCCGGGUUCUGAACAUCAUCGCUUUUCUGGAUAUCAUCGCUGCCUGCGCAGUGAUGCUGGUGAAGAUCUCGCUGCAGAGCAGCUUCUUCUUUUUCGAGGCCGUUUCCCAUGCUAUAACGGCGGGAGUCAGCAUAUUCCUCAUCAUAUCUGAACUGCCCUUCUUCCGUGGAUACUUUGAUCGCAACUGGCCGCUCUUGGGCCAGGACUCCGGCUUCAUCAUGUUGGCGUUGGCGAUGAUGAUCAUGGGGGUGGGAAUCCUGGGCGAUCUGAAUACUCCGGCCACAAGUCAGGACAAGCUGGGCCUUGCCUUUUGGAGAAUCGUGCUCUCCGCUGGCAUCUUGGCCAUGGUGAUGAGUGUGGUCAAUCUAAUCGCGAGUUUUGUCUUUGCAGACCGUGGGACCGGCGUGACAGCCCGCCAUGUUCGAGUGUAUGGUGCGGUGGCCCCCCAGAAAGUGGUCUCCCGCACCGGCAGUCAACGGUCGCUCCAGCUCGGCCUCAAGCGAGAAGAUUCUCUCCCGACAUACAGCGCACCGUCGCCCGUGAGAAGACCGACGUCCAUGCGGAGCAUGACUCGAUUUCCGUUGAAGAUUUCGGGGCCAUUUAAUCCGAACGAUGCUGCGUCGUCCAAGUACUCACGAGACUCGUCUGGAGUGCCGAUGCCCAAUCCCGCACAUCAUCCCGCGAUGCACUCCGGACAUGUGUAG